AUGAGGUGGAUCUGCGUGGGGUUGUGUUUCCUUGCUUUGUCUUUUUCUAGUGCCAUCAAUGCUCAAGCCAGACAGGUUCGCAACCAUGUCAGCAGCAUCUGCAGCACCUGGGGCAGAGAGCACUACAAGACCUUCGACGGCAACGUGUUCCAGUUCCCUGGUAUGUGUGAAUACAACCUGGUCUCAGACUGUCGCUCCCUUUACCAGGAGUUCUCAGUGCACAUGAAGAGGAAGGACAUUGAUGGAAACCCAACCGUGAGUUAUGUGGUGGUCACCAUCAGUGAGCUCUCCUUCCACAUCAGUAAGAGCCUGGUCACUGUCAAUGGGAUUCCUUACCCCCUGCCGUACCACAGUAGAGGCAUACACUUGGAGAAAAAUGCUGUUUACUUCAAACUCCAAUCCAAAGUUGGCAUUGUUGUCAUGUGGAACGGAGACGAUGCAAUCAUGGUGGAACUAGAUGCUGAUUAUGCCAAUCAGACUUGUGGACUCUGUGGAGACUUUAAUGGCCAUUCUGUCAACGAGUUCAUUCAUGAUGAUCGUAGAAUCAGCCCCAUUGAGUUUGGUAACAACCAGAAAGUCCACCUUCCAAAUGACGAUUGUGAGGACCCCUAUGAAGAAGAUGAUGAAGCACUGGAGACUGUGACUGUGCCAGAAUCAUGCCAGGAGUUUCAAAUGUUCUGUGAUACGAUACUGCGUUCAGACUCCUGGAAGUCCUGCACUGACCAGAUUAACCCUGAACCUUACAUCCAGGCCUGUACGCAGGACAUGUGUGGUUGCACCAACAAAUCAAAUGACUUCUGUGUCUGCAGCACGCUGUCCGAGUUCUCUCGACUGUGUUCCCAUGCUGGAGGGCAGCCUCCUACCUGGAGGUAUUCUGGGUUCUGUGCCAAAACUUGCCCAUACAACAUGGUUUAUGAAGAAAGUGGUUCCCCUUGCAUAGACACAUGCACGCAUCAAGACACGAGCUCACUCUGCGAGGAUCACAAGAUGGAUGGCUGCUUCUGUCCUCCUGGAACUGUGUUUGAUAAUAUCUCCCAAAGAGGGUGUAUUACUCAGGCCGAGUGUCAGUGCAAACGUGACAGAAUCUAUCAGACUGGUGAGGUUUAUCGAGGGGACAGGGAAGAAUGUACAUGUUCUGGGGGUAAAUGGGAUUGUAAGAGGCUUGAGGUGCCUUCUACAUGUGCACUUGAGGAGGGUUCACAUGUAACCACCUUUGACGGGAAAACCUACACCUUCCAUGGAGGGUGUUACUACACCUUAGCCAAGGUUAAUGAUGGGUCAAAGUUUAACAUCCGAGCUCUGCUGACCCCGUGUGCUAAUCAGAAGUUUGACACUUGUCUCAAGGCCAUUAGAAUUGUCAUCAACAAGGAUAGAAAUAAUAUUUUAGUGUUUGCUUCUGAUGGCACAGUUCAGCAAAAUACGCAGACCAUCAUUUUACCAUACAAGUCAGGUGAUAUCCACAUAUUCCGUCCUUCAUCCUUCCACAUCUUGAUCCAGACCAGUUUUGGGCUGCACAUUCAAAUUCAGCAUGUGCCUCUAAUGCAAGUCUACAUCACCCUGGACCAGAGCUACAAAGGAAAGAUGCAAGGUUUAUGUGGGAACUACAACACGAUCCUGAAAGAUGAGAUGAUGACUCCUCAGGGGAUUGUUGAGGGGACUGCUGCCACUUCUACUAACUCCUGGAAGAGUAACAGCAAUUGCCAAGAUAGAGAAGAACGAUUGGAUGACCCCUGUUCCCUGAGUGUGGAGAAUGAGAAUUAUGCCAAACACUGGUGUGCUUUACUCGUGAGCCCAAGUAGCACUUUUGCACGGUGCCAUUCAGUGGUGGAUCCUGACAUGUACUAUAAGAGGUGUACUUAUGCCAGCUGCAACUGUGAGAAGAGUGAGGACUGCCUGUGUGCUGUUUUCUCCUCCUAUGCUCGAGCCUGUGCAUCAAAGGGAGUGUUUUUGACAGGCUGGAGGGAGAAUGUGUGCGAUAAGUAUACAAAGAACUGCCCAGCAACACAGACCUUCUCCUACCAGCAUCAGAGAUGUCAGCUGACUUGCAAAUCUCUGGGCUCAAUGCAGCAGAGUUGCACUUCUGACUUCUUGCCUGUGGAUGGCUGUUCCUGCUCUGAGGGUUUCUACUUCAAUGAUAAUGGCCUUUGCGUCCCUGUGGAAAAGUGUCCCUGCUACCAUGAUCAAGUGACCAUUAAGCCAGGAAAGUCCAUCACCAUCAAAGAUGAGCACUGUGUGUGUACCAAUGGAGUGCUGCAUUGCCAUUCUCGGAAACCACCGCCAGCAUGCCGUCCUCCAAAAGUGUUCUUCAACUGCUCUGCUGCUGGCCCAGGAGAGCGUGGACUGCAGUGUGCUCAGACUUGUUUGAAUCUCAACAGUGAUGAUUGUGAUGACACUGAGUGUGAAUCUGGCUGUCGGUGUCCAGCUGGCCUUCUUGACGAUGGCAAAGGUUCCUGUGUGAAAGAAAAACAAUGUCCGUGUAAGCAUGGCGGGCAUUUUUAUGCCCCUGGAGCAACAAUCCCUGACAAGUGCAACACGUGUACCUGCAAGAGUGGAACCUGGGAUUGCACAGAAAAAAAAUGUCCAGGAACUUGCGUUAUUUAUGGAAGUGGCCACUACAACACAUUUGAUCAGCAAACAUACGGGUUUCAAGGAAAUUGUGCCUAUGUUGCUGUUAAGAACAAAUGUGGGAAUAAAACCAUCCAUGACACCUUUGGAGUUAUCACUGAAAAUGUCCCAUGUGGAUCAACAGGCACCACAUGCUCCAAAACUGUCCGAAUCCAACUUGGGCACACUGAGAUCAAACUAGCGAAGGGUAAAUAUGAAGUGGAGGACCUGGGACAUGGCUCUGAGAUUCAGUACAAAAUAAGGCCAGUUGGAUUGUAUUUGGUCAUAGAAUCUGCCAUCGGACUAACAUUAAUAUGGGAUCGUAAAACAUCUGUUCGCAUCCUCCUUGAUCCAAAGCACAGCGGGGAGGUAUGUGGCCUGUGUGGAGAUUUUGAUGGCGAUGUACUGAAUGACUUUACCACCCAGAGUCAGCUCACAGUGAGCAAUGUGUUAGAAUUUGCCAACAGCUGGAAAGUGGACAGCAACUGCCCUGACGCAGAUGCAAAUGUUGAUUCUUGUGAAGAACAACCAAAUCGACACCACUGGGCAAAAUGGAGGUGUAGCAUCAUAACUAGAGAAACAUUCAAAAACUGCCACAACACGGUAGAUCCCCGUCCAUUUUAUGAAAACUGUGUGAAAGACUCAUGUGCUUGCGACACCGGAGGUGACUGCGAGUGCUUUUGCACAGCAGUGGCAGCUUAUGCUCAGGCUUGCAAUGAAGCUGGUGUUUGUGUUGCUUGGAGAACUCCAGAAAUCUGCCCUGUCUUUUGUGAAUACUACAACAGUCCUGGUGAUUGCACAUGGCAUUACAGCCCUUGUCAUACACCUUGCUACAAAACCUGUUUAAAUCCAGAAGGACACUGUAGCAACCUCAUACCCAACCUGGAAGGGUGUUAUCCUGAGUGCCCUGAAGACAAGCCCAUAUUUGAUGAGGAGAAACAGGAGUGUGUAGAGACUUGUAUACCAUCAACUUCAACUACAACCACAACCACAACACCAACUACAACCACAGAAUCUACAACCACACCAUCAACUACAACCACACCAUCAACCACCACUACAGAAUCUACAACCACUCCAUCAACAACAACCACAACGCCAACUACAACCACCACAGAAUCUACAACCACUCCAUCGACCACAACCACAACACCAACCACAACCACCAAAGAAUCUACAACCACUCCAUCGACCACACCAUCAACUACAACCACAACCACUGAACCUACAACCACACCAUCAACCACAACUACAACACCAACCACCACCACAGAAUCCACAACCACAACACCAACCACAACCACAACGCCACCCACAGAAUCCACAACAACACCGCCAACCACAACACCAACCACAACCACAGAAUCUACAACUACACCAUCGACUACAACCACAACGCCAACCACAACUACCACAGGAACAACCACCACUGAGGGAACAACAACUUCAUGUGUAAAAACUUGUGUUGAGUGGAAAGAGGACCAAGUAACACGUCCAUAUAAGUGCAAGGACUAUGAAAUCAGAGUAUGUUGUAAGGGAAGUCCAUGUAGACCUACAACAACCACUGAAGCUACCACUCUGUCUACUUCAACAACAACGCCAACCACCACCACUGAAUCUACAACCACACCAUCGACUACAACCACAACACCAACCACCACCACAGAAUCCACAAGCACUCCAUCAACGACAACCACAACGCCAACUACAACCACAGAAUCUACAACCACACCAGCAACUACAACCACAACACCAACCACAACCACCACAGAAUCUACAACCACUCCAUCGACCACAACCAUAACGCCAACCACCACCACUGAAUCUACAACCACAACACCAACUACAACCACAACGCCACCCACAGAAUCCACAACAACCCCGACAACCACAACCACAACGCCACCCACAGAAUCCACAACAACACCGCCAACCACAACACCAACCACAACCACAGAAUCUACAACUACACCAUCGACUACAACCACAACGCCAACCACAACUACCACAGGAACAACCACCACUGAGGGAACAACAACUUCAUGUGUAAAAACUUGUGUUGAGUGGAAAGAGGACCAAGUAGCACGUCCAUAUAAGUGCAAGGACUAUGAAAUCAGAGUAUGUUGUAAGGGAAGUUCAUGUAGACCUACAACAACCACUGAAGCUACCACUCUGUCUACUUCAACAACAACGCCAACCACCACCACUGAAUCUACAACCACACCAUCGACUACAACCACAACACCAACCACCACCACAGAAUCCACAAGCACUCCAUCAACGACAACCACAACGCCAACUACAACCACACCAGCAACUACAACCACAACACCAACCACAACCACCACAGAAUCUACAACCACUCCAUCGACCACAACCACAACGCCAACCACCACCACUGAAUCUACAACCACAACACCAACUACAACCACAACGCCACCCACAGAAUCCACAAAAUCCACAACAACACCGCCAACCACAACACCAACCACAACCACAGAAUCUACAACUACACCAUCGACUACAACCACAACGCCAACCACAACUACCACAGGAACAACCACCACUGAGGGAACAACAACUUCAUGUGUAAAAACUUGUGUUGAGUGGUCAGAUUGGUAUAAUGUACAUGACCCAAUCGUAGACAAGAGUGAUUGGGAAACGUAUGAAAACAUCACAAAUAGUGGCAUAGAAAUUUGUAAAAAACCUCAAAACCUUGAUCAUUACCUUGAAUGUAGGGCAGCAGAUUAUCCUAACAUAGACUUUGAUGACUUUGUUAGUCAAACAGGACAGGUGGUUUCUUGUAAUGAAUCAUAUGGUUUAAUAUGUAGGAAAGAGGACCAAGUAACACGUCCAUAUAAGUGCAAGGACUAUGAAAUCAGAGUAUGUUGUAAGGGAAGUCCAUGUAGACCUACAACAACCACUGAAGCUACCACUCUGUCUACUUCAACAACAACGCCAACCACCACCACUGAAUCUACAACCACACCAUCGACUACAACCACAACACCAACCACCACCACAGAAUCCACAAGCACUCCAUCAACGACAACCACAACGCCAACUACAACCACAGAAUCUACAACCACACCAGCAACUACAACCACAACACCAACCACAACCACCACAGAAUCUACAACCACUCCAUCGACCACAACCACAACGCCAACCACCACCACUGAAUCUACAACCACAACACCAACUACAACCACAACGCCACCCACAGAAUCCACAACAACCCCGACAACCACAACCACAACGCCACCCACAGAAUCCACAACAACACCGCCAACCACAACACCAACCACAACCACAGAAUCUACAACUACACCAUCGACUACAACCACAACGCCAACCACAACUACCACAGGAACAACCACCACUGAGGGAACAACGCCUUCAUGUGUAAAAACUUGUGUUGAGUGGUCAGAUUGGUAUAAUGUACAUGACCCAAUCGUAGACAAGAGUGAUUGGGAAACGUAUGAAAACAUCACAAAUAGUGGCAUAGAAAUUUGUAAAAAACCUCAAAACCUUGAUCAUUACCUUGAAUGUAGGGCAGCAGAUUAUCCUAACAUAGACUUUGAUGACUUUGUUAGUCAAACAGGACAGGUGGUUUCUUGUAAUGAAUCAUAUGGUUUAAUAUGUAGGAAAGAGGACCAAGUAGCACGUCCAUAUAAGUGCAAGGACUAUGAAAUCAGAGUAUGUUGUAAGGGAAGUUCAUGUAGACCUACAACAACCACUGAAGCUACCACUCUGUCUACUUCAACAACAACGCCAACCACCACCACUGAAUCUACAACCACACCAUCGACUACAACCACAACACCAACCACCACCACAGAAUCCACAAGCACUCCAUCAACGACGACCACAACGCCAACUACAACCACACCAGCAACUACAACCACAACACCAACCACAACCACCACAGAAUCUACAACCACUCCAUCGACCACAACCACAACGCCAACCACCACCACUGAAUCUACAACCACAACACCAACUACAACCACAACGCCACCCACAGAAUCCACAACAACCCCGACAACCACAACACCAACCACAACCACAGAAUCUACAACUACACCAUCGACUACAACCACAACCACAGAAUCCACAACCACAACACCAACUACAACCACAACCACAACGCCACCCACAGAAUCCGCAACAACACCACCAACCACAACACCAACCACAACCACAGAAUCUACAACUACACCAUCGACUACCACAACACCAACCACAGAAUCCACAACCACAACACCAACUACAACCACAACGCCACCCACAGAAUCCACAACAACACCGCCAACCACAACACCAACCACAACCACAGAAUCUACAACUACACCAUCGACUACAACCACAACCACAGAAUCCACAACCACAACACCAACUACAACCACAACCACAACGCCACCCACAGAAUCCACAACAACACCGCCAACCACAACACCAACUACAACCAGGGAAUCUACAACCACACCCUUGACUAUAUCCACAACGCCAACCACAUCCACAGAAUCAACAACUACUCCAUCAACUACAACUACAACUACAACACCAACCACAACCACAGAAUCUACAACCACUCCAUCGACUACAACCACAACACCAACCACAACCACAGAAUCUACAACCACACCAUCAACUACAACAACAACACCAACCACAACCACAGAAACAACAACUUCUCCAUCAACUACAACCACAACGCCAACCACUACCACAGAAUCUACAACUAUUCCCAAUACUACAACCACAACUCCAACCACAACCACAGAAUCUGCAACCACACCGUCAACUGCAACCACAACUACAACCACCACAGAAUCUACAACCACACCAUCGACCACAACCACAACCACAACCACAGAAUCUACAACUACUCCAUCCACAACAACCACAACGCCAUCCACAACCACAGAAUCUACAACCACUACAUCAACUACAACACCAACCACCACCACUGAAUCUACAACCACUCCAUAUUUUGCACCUACAACUUCAACCACUACCACAGAAUCCACAACCACUCAAUCAACUACAACCACAACACCAACCACCACCACAGAAUCUACAACCACUCCAUCAACUACAACCACAACACAAACCACCACCACAGAAUCCACAACCACACCAUCAACUACAACUACAACACAAACCACCACCACAGAAUCAACAACCACUCCCUCAAUUACAACCACAACACCAACCACAACCACAGAAUCUACAACCACUCCAUCGACUACACCAUCAACUACAACCUCAACGCCAACCACAACCACAGAAGCAACAACUACUCCAUCCACAACAACCACAACGCCAUCCACUACCACAGAAUCUACAACAACUUUAUCAUCUACACCAUCAACUACAACCACAACCACAGAAUCUACAACUACUCCAACAACUACACCAUCAACUACAACCACAACACCAACCACAACCACAGAAUCUACAACUACUCCAUCCACAACAACCACAACGCCAACCACAACCACAGAAUCUACAACCACCCCAUCGACUACGACCACAACACCAACCACAACCACAGAAUCAACAACCACUCCCUCAACUUCAACCACAACACCAACCACAACCACAGAAUCUACAACUAUUCCAACAACUACACCAUCAACUACAACCACAUCGCCAACCACAACCACAGAAUCAACAACUACUCCAUCCACAACAACCACAACGCCAACCACAACCACAGAAUCUACAACCACACCGUCGACUACAACCACAACCCCAACCACAACCACAGAAUCAACAACCACUCCAUCGACUACACCAUCAACUACAACCUCAGCGCCAACCACAACCACAGAAGAAACAACUACUCCAUCCACAACAACCACAACGCCAUCCACUACCACAGAAUCUACAACAACUUUAUCAUCUACACCAUCAACUACAACCACAACCACAGAAUCUACAACUACUCCAUCCACAACAACCACAACGCAAUCCACUACCACAGAAUCUACAACAACUUUAUCAUCUACACCAUCAACUACAACCACAUCGCCAACCACAACCACAGAAUCAACAACUACUCCAUCCACAACAACCACAACCCCAACCACAACCACAGAAUCAACAACCACUCCAUCGACUACACCAUCAACUACAACCUCAGCGCCAACCACAACCACAGAAGAAACAACUACUCCAUCCACAACAACCACAACGCCAUCCACUACCACAGAAUCUACAACAACUUUAUCAUCUACACCAUCAACUACAACCACAACCACAGAAUCUACAACUACUCCAACAACUACACCAUCAACUACAACCACAUCGCCAACCACAACCACAGAAUCAACAACUACUCCAUCCACAACAACCACAACGCCAUCCACUACCACAGAAUCUACAACAACUUUAUCAUCUACACCAUCAACUACAACCACAACCACAGAAUCUACAACCACACCGUCGACUAAAACCACAACCCCAACCACAACCACAGAAUCAACAACCACUCCCUCAACUACAACCACGAUCACAGAAGAAACAACUACUCCAUCCACAACAACCACAAUGCCAUCCACUACCACAGAAUCUACAACAACUUUAUCAUCUACACCAUCAACUACAACCACAACCACAGAAUCUACAACCACACCGUCGACUACAACCACAACCCCAACCACAACCACAGAAUCAACAACCACUCCCUCAACUACAACCACAACACCAACCACAACCACAGAAUCUACAACCACUCCAUCGACUACACCAUCAACUACAACCUCACCGCCAACCACAACCACAGAAGAAACAACUACUCCAUCCACAACAACCACAUCACCAACCACAACCACAGAAUCCAUAACUUCUCCAUCAACACCUCCUCCCCCACACUGCCCAGAGUGGGAUGUUGUGGUAAGAAUUCAAAAUGAGACAUUUGUUUUGUGUAACUGCACCAUGGCCAGAUGCAUUGAGAAUAACACAAUUGAAAUUAUUCCAUAUGAAUGUCCACCUAUUGAGAAUAUUACCUGUGCUAAUGGGCAGAAACCAGUUCUUGUAUAUGAUGAGUACCACUGCUGCCAACAUUAUGUCUGUGACUGUGUUUGUGAAGGUUGGGGAGAUCCUCAUUACAUCACAUUUGAUGGCCUCUACUACAGUUAUCAAGGAAACUGUACUUAUGUUUUGAUGGAAGAGAUCUUACAACAGCAUCAUUUAAAGGUUUAUAUUGACAAUGUCUUUUGCGAUCCAACUGAGGAUGUUUCCUGCCCAAGAUCGAUAACUGUAUCAUAUGGACGCGAAGUGAUCACACUCCUAAAUCAUAACCUCUUGGGAGCGGCACAGUUAGAGGCACUAAAGGACAGAGUAAUAUUAAAACUACCGUAUUCACAACAAGGUGUUAAGAUCCUAAAUUCUGGCAUUGAUUUGAUUCUGGAGAUCCCUCGUCUUGAAGUCGUCAUUACAUUUGGCAUAACUGGAUUUAGUGUCAUCCUUCCAUUUAAAUUCUUUGGUGGAAACACUCAGGGUCACUGUGGAACAUGCACUAACAACCAGGCAGAUGACUGCAUGUUGCCUGGAGGCAAGCUGGUUGAAAAUUGUGCAGUGAUGGCUGACUUUUGGCCUGCAAAACACAUUUACCAACCCAACUGCGAAAUUCCCUCUGUACUGCCCACCAAUGUACCUGAACCCCCACCAACCUUAACUCCAUGCAAGCCAGACUCUAUCUGUGGCCUGAUCACGAGCAGUCUCUUUGCAGAGUGCCACCCCUUUGUCUCUCCUGACAAUUUCUACCAAGGUUGUGUGUUUGAUAGCUGCCAUGUUUCCAAUCCAGUAGUAGAAUGCACUAGUUUGCAGACUUACGCUGCUGCUUGUGCUCAGGCUGGAAUUUGCCUUCACUGGAGGAACCACACCAGACUGUGUGCCAGUGACUGCCCAUCAGACAAAGUUUACAAGCCAUGUGGUCCUGCAGAACAGCCAACCUGUGAAGACAAACCUAAUGAAUCACUCAUGAACUACACUACUGAGGGCUGCUUUUGUCCAGAUGGUAUGAAACUCUUCAACAAAGAGUCUGGCAUAUGUGUUGACAAGUGUGGAUGUCUUGAUCCUGAGGGUAUUCCUCGUGAGUUUAAUGAGAAGUUUGAGUACAACUGCCAAAACUGCAUCUGUGAGGAGUCCACAAAAACUGUAACAUGCAAGCCAAAGAAGUGCCCAGCACCACUUGUUGCGAACUGUACUGUCCCUGGGUUUGUCCUUGUUAACAAAACCGGUCCCUCUGACCACUGCUGCUCAGUCUUUGCUUGUGAAUGUCGCAUGAACACUUGCCCGCCCCUCAGUGGUACCUGUCCAGUAGGUUAUAUGCCUGUUGUCAAUGUUCCUGAGGGAAAAUGUUGCCCAGAGCAAUCAUGUGAGCCAAAAAGAGUUUGUGUCCACAGAGAAGUGGAAUAUCAGCCUGGUUCUUCAGUGCCGGCACCCGAAUGUCAGGAAUGUACCUGUACAAAUGAGGUUGACCCCAAGACUGAUCUAUUCAAGAUAUCCUGCAGCUUCCAGCAGUGUCAAGAAAAGUGUGACACGGGAUAUGUAUAUGAGGAACCUGGUUCAGAUGAAUGCUGUGGAAAAUGUGUCCAGACACACUGUGUCCUUGAGGUUGAUGAUGUAAAGCAUCUCUUGACACAAGGACAAACCUGGUCACCAACUGAGAAUAAGUGUGAAAAAUACACAUGCAUCAGGAAUGAUGAUGGCACUUUAACGACAACCAGCUCACACAUUGUCUGUCCACCAUUCCAGGAGAGCAACUGUCAACCUGACACAAUUCAGACAUCAGCAAAUGGCUGUUGUAAGAUAUGUGUGGAAAAGGAAAAAGCCUGCAAGAUAGGAUCCAUGAAAACACAUGUAAUGCACAAGGGCUGCCAGUCUUACCAGGAAGUGGAAAUGCCAUAUUGUGAAGGAUCUUGCAACACGUUCACCAAAUACUCUGAAGCAGCAGCUGUUAUGCAGCAUUCCUGCUCCUGCUGUAAGGAGACACGUUACAGCAAUCGCACUGUGGACUUGCACUGUCUGAACGGAGAUGUGUUAUCCUACACAUACAUGCAUGUGGAGGAAUGUGGCUGUAGUCACUCUGACUGCAUCAAAGCUACUGCGCUACGUGGACGCAGGCGGCGAAGCUUCACACUGGUUUAAUAAAAUGUUAAACCAGUGUUAAACCAUGCCAUUCACAC